UCCUCUUGCCGCUCAGUCCGCGGGCCGCGCCGCCCGCUCCCGCCGCUUCGGCAGCCACCCCGCGCCCUCGACCUCAGGCCCGGCUCCCGUUUGCCCGGGACCCGCCCCGCCCGCCCCACCCGGCCUCCCGGGAAGAUGCGGCUGCUCCCGGAAUGGCUUCUCUUGCUCUUUGGCCCGUGGCUCUUGAGGAAGGCCGUCAGUGCCCAGAUACCAGAGUCCGGGAGGCCGCAGUACCUGGAGCUGGGCCCGGCCACGGCCGGAGAGGGAGCCCCUGGCCAUCGGCUCCCGGCACCGCCGAGGUCCUCCGACGGCCUGGGCACCGCCCGUGCCUGGAGCUGGGCCUGGCCGGCUAACCACACCCGGACACUGGCCCGGGCUGGGGUGGCGGGGGCCCCCGUGCAGCGCACCAAGAGAAAGCCGUCUAUCAAAGCGGCCCGCGCCAAAAAAAUUUUCGGCUGGGGAGACUUCUACUUCCGGGUGCACACUCUCAAGUUCUCGCUGCUGGUGACGGGUAAGAUAGUUGACCAUGUGAACGGUACCUUCAGCGUGUACUUCCGCCACAACUCGUCCAGCCUGGGCAACCUCAGCGUCAGCAUCGUGCCGCCCUCCAAGCGUGUCGAGUUUGGGGGCGUCUGGCUGCCAGGGCCCGCUCCCCACCCUCUGCAGUCUACGCUGGCCCUGGAGGGGGUGCUCCCUGGGCUGGGGCCCCCGCUGGGGCUAGCGGCCGCGGGGUCGGGGCUAGGGGGCACCCUCGGGGGCGCGCUGGCGGGUCCGCUUGGGGGAGCGCUGGGAGUGCCCGGGACCAAAGAGUCACGCGCUUUCAACUGCCACGUGGAGUAUGAGAAGACGAACCGCGCUCGCAAGCACCGCCCGUGCCUGUACGACCCAUCGCAGGUGUGCUUCACCGAGCAUACGCAGAGCCAGGCCGCCUGGCUCUGUGCCAAGCCCUUCAAAGUCAUCUGCAUUUUCGUCUCCUUCCUCAGCUUUGACUACAAACUGGUGCAGAAGGUGUGCCCAGACUAUAACUUCCAGAGCGAGCACCCCUACUUUGGAUAGCGCGCCCCGCCCUCUCCCGGGCCGUGAGCUUCCCGCGAAAUCCCGGACUCCCUAAGUGGGACCUCUCCCCGUACCCCGCAGCUCCUGUGGCCGCGUCCACCCUUUCCACUCUGGGGCGGAGAGAAACAGCCCUCCCGGGGACCAUCAGUCUGCGCGGGUCCCCUUUUCCUUACUGGGAGUGCCCACGAGGCUGGGGGUAGCCCCCUUGGCUACAGCCCAAAGUGGAGGAGCAAGAGCGCAGCCCCAGAAUAGGCGGGGCUUGGAGGCGGUCCCAGCGUCUCCUGCGUCCACAUUGGGUCCUCUUUACGCCCUGGCGCUGGGCUGGAUACUCCCCUUGCCCGCAGCUUUAAUAACGCCUGGCCUGGCACCCUCAUACCACCCUGACUUUCUUACCCCCAGGUACUUGUCCUCCACCCUGUACCCACGUAAAGACCAUAAAGGCCUAUAAACCGUGGCCUAUUCCCAUCCCCUCUGCUUGCCGUAUGCCUGUCCCCCUUUCCCCGAAACCCCAAUAAUUAGGGUAGCGGAAGCAGAACUCCUGGGCAUAGGCGAUCGACCCGGCCCCUGCCCUCCGCCCGCCUCCCUCCGGUCCUUGCCAUCCUGCUCCACCUUUCCGGCUGCUUCCUCUCGGUGAUGUUUUUUUUUUCCUACACCAAAACAGACGGGAAAGGGAACAAAAUAAAGUGAAAUCCAAUACG